GGCGCGGGCUCCUGCCGCCGCCGCCACUGCCGUCGGGGAAGGUCCCAGCGCGGUCAUGGCCUCGCGCGGCGCCCGCCAGGGCCCGAGCCCCCCGCGCCCCGCGCAGUAGCCCCGCGGCGAGGCGGCCCGGACGGUGCCGACGGCUCAGACGGGCGGGCGGCAUGGAGGAGGCGCACCUGCUCCCGGCCGCGGACGUGCUGCGCCGCUUCUCGGUGACGGCCGAGGGCGGCCUGAGCCCCGCGCAGGUGACCCGCGCGCGAGAGCGCUACGGCCCCAACGAGCUCCCAACGGAGGAAGGGAAGUCCCUGUGGGAGCUGGUGCUGGAGCAGUUUGAGGACCUCCUGGUGCGCAUCCUGCUGCUGGCCGCUCUGGUCUCCUUCGUCCUGGCCUGGUUCGAGGAGGGCGAGGAGACCACCACAGCCUUCGUGGAGCCCCUGGUCAUCGUGCUGAUCCUCGUGGCCAAUGCAGUUGUGGGCGUGUGGCAGGAACGCAAUGCUGAGAAUGCCAUCGAGGCCUUGAAGGAGUAUGAGCCUGAGAUGGGUAAGGUGAUCCGCUCAGACCGCAAGGGUGUGCAAAGGAUCCGCGCCCGGGACAUCGUCCCUGGAGACAUCGUGGAAGUGGCAGUGGGAGACAAGGUGCCCGCCGACCUCCGUCUCAUUGAGAUCAAGUCCACCACGCUGAGAGUGGACCAGUCCAUCCUGACAGGUGAAUCUGUGUCCGUGACCAAGCACACGGAUGCCAUCCCGGACCCCAGAGCCGUGAACCAGGACAAGAAAAACAUGCUGUUUUCUGGCACCAACAUUGCAUCGGGCAAGGCAGUGGGUGUGGCAGUGGCCACAGGGCUGCACACGGAGCUGGGAAAGAUCCGGAACCAGAUGGCGUCAGUGGAGCCAGAGCGGACGCCGCUGCAGCAGAAGCUGGAUGAGUUUGGGCGGCAGCUGUCCCGCGCCAUCUCCGUGAUCUGCAUGGCCGUGUGGGUCAUCAACAUUGGUCACUUCGCCGAUCCAGCCCACGGAGGCUCCUGGCUCCGUGGCGCCGUCUACUACUUCAAGAUUGCCGUGGCCCUGGCUGUGGCCGCCAUCCCCGAGGGCCUCCCGGCGGUCAUCACUACAUGCUUGGCACUGGGCACACGGCGCAUGGCCCGCAAGAAUGCCAUCGUGCGGAGUCUGCCCUCCGUGGAAACCCUGGGCUGCACCUCAGUCAUCUGCUCUGACAAGACGGGGACACUCACCACCAAUCAGAUGUCGGUCUGCCGGAUGUUCGUGGUAGCCGAGGCUGAAGCAGGCACCUGCCGUUUGCACGAAUUCACCAUCUCAGGGACCACGUAUGCUCCGGAGGGCGAAGUGCGGCAGGGGGAGCAGCCUGUGCGCUGCGGGAAGUUUGAUGGGCUGGUGGAGCUGGCGACCAUCUGUGCCCUGUGCAAUGACUCGGCGCUGGACUACAAUGAGGCCAAGGGUGUGUAUGAGAAGGUGGGAGAGGCCACGGAGACAGCCCUGACUUGCCUGGUGGAGAAGAUGAAUGUUUUUGACACCGACCUGCAGGCCUUGUCCCGAGUGGAGCGAGCUGGUGCCUGCAAUGCGGUCAUCAAGCAGCUGAUGCGGAAGGAGUUCACGCUGGAGUUCUCCCGGGACCGCAAGUCCAUGUCCGUGUACUGCACGCCCACCCGCCCCGGCCUGGUGGCCCAGGGCAGCAAGAUGUUUGUGAAGGGGGCUCCUGAGAGUGUGAUCGAGCGCUGCAGCUCCGUCCGCGUGGGGAGCCGCACGGUACCCCUGAACACCACCUCCAGGGAGCAGAUCCUGGCCAAGGUCCGGGACUGGGGAUCGGGCUCGGACACUCUGCGCUGUCUGGCACUGGCCACCCGGGAUGCACCCCCGAGGAAGGAGGCCAUGCAGCUGGACGACUGCAGCAAGUUUGCGCAGUACGAGACAGACCUGACUUUCGUGGGCUGCGUGGGCAUGCUGGACCCUCCGAGGCCUGAGGUGGCUUCCUGUAUUGCACGCUGCCGCCAGGCGGGCAUCCGUGUUGUCAUGAUCACAGGGGACAACAAAGGCACCGCCGUAGCCAUCUGCCGCCGCCUUGGCAUCCUCGAGGACACAGAGGACGUGGUAGGCAAGGCCUACACGGGCCGCGAAUUCGAUGACCUCAGCCCUGAGCAGCAGCGCCACGCCUGCCGCACGGCUCGCUGCUUCGCCCGGGUGGAACCCGCCCACAAGUCCCGCAUCGUGGAGAACCUGCAGUCCUUCAACGAGGUGACCGCCAUGACUGGAGACGGGGUGAACGAUGCCCCAGCCUUGAAGAAAGCGGAGAUCGGCAUCGCCAUGGGCUCCGGCACAGCCGUGGCCAAGUCCGCGGCAGAGAUGGUGCUCUCAGAUGACAACUUCGCCUCCAUCGUGGCUGCCGUGGAGGAGGGCCGGGCCAUCUACAGCAACAUGAAGCAGUUCAUCCGCUACCUCAUCUCCUCCAACGUCGGAGAGGUCGUCUGCAUCUUCCUCACGGCAAUUCUGGGCCUGCCCGAAGCCCUGAUCCCUGUGCAGCUGCUCUGGGUGAACCUGGUGACAGAUGGCCUACCUGCCACAGCCCUGGGCUUCAACCCACCAGACUUGGACAUAAUGGAGAAGCGGCCCCGGAACCCUCGCGAGGCCCUCAUCAGUGGCUGGCUCUUCUUCCGAUAUCUGGCUAUUGGAGUGUACGUCGGCCUGGCCACAGUGGCUGCCGCCACCUGGUGGUUCCUGUAUGAUGCCGAGGGACCUCAGGUCACCUUCUACCAGCUGAGGAACUUCCUGAAGUGCUCCGAGGACAACCCGCUCUUCGCUGGCACUGACUGCGAGGUCUUUGAGUCGCGCUUCCCCACGACCAUGGCCUUGUCUGUGCUGGUGACCACCGAAAUGUGCAACGCCCUUAACAGCAUCUCGGAAAACCAGUCGCUGCUGCGGAUGCCACCCUGGCUGAACCCCUGGCUGCUGGCGGCCGUGGCCAUGUCCAUGGCCCUGCACUUCCUCAUUCUGCUUGUGCCACCUCUGCCGCUCAUCUUCCAGGUGACCCCCCUGAGUGGACGCCAGUGGGUGGUCGUGCUCCAGAUCUCUCUGCCUGUCAUCCUGCUUGAUGAGGCCCUCAAGUACCUGUCCCGGAAGCACGCGGACGAAGAAAAGGACCGGCAGUGAGUGCCGGGAGCAGAGAGGGGUCUCCAGGGCGUACCUCCAAGUGACAGUGCCCGUGCACCUGCCCCACCCCACGCCGCCACCCGCUUGCCGCUUGCUCACUGGGCCCUGCUGAGGCCCCAACGGCCGCCCCCAGGCCCCAAACCCGGGUCUCUCCCCGACUCCGUCUGCCUGGGGCUCCAGGAGUCCUGUGUCUGGGGCUCUCCUGGGAAGUUCAUCCCGGAAGCUCUGGCCUGGGAGCUGCAGCCUGGGAGGGGCUGCGCAGAAGCCGGAGCAGAGCUGGAGGUGCCGAGGCCUCAUCCCCAGACCUACAAGCACAUGCUGGAGCCGCUGCCUCUUGCUUGGAGGCUGGGCAUUUACUUGUGACCACGCCUCUGCACUGACGGACGACGCUCUCUCCCAGGGCCUGGUCUGCGGCCGCUCGGCCCCUGGUGGAGGGGGGACAUCUGGGCCCAGCUGUGCGCUUCCGCAGACUCUGCUCACGAGGGCUGGGGCCUGUUGCUGUGUGUAUGUGCAGGGGGUUGAAGGCCCAGAGAGAGGAACACAGGCGUCGAGGCUGGGGGCUGAGCAAGGACCCGCUCUCCUGGAGCCAGCCUGCCUGCCCACCUCCGCCCGGUGCACCCCCAGACUCGGGUCUCUCUGUUCCAAGCAAACCAAACGUGCUGUCUCGGGGUUGCGCUGCCUGUUCUGCCAGGCGGAGCAUGGAUUUGCCUUCUGUGUCCCUGGUGCCUGAGACCCCGGAUGUCCUCGGGUCCCUGACUGACCGCUGUGCCCUGCCCCCCGACCCAGUGCACCAGGUCUGCACGGCUGGGGGCCUCUGAGUCCCCUGGACUCUUGGCCUUACUCUUUGCCCCUGACCCCACACACCCGUGAGCCGAAAGGAUGUCACUAAAAAUGGCUAGUUCCCCAAGGGCGCUGCCUCUCCCGCCCCCCCUGCAGUGACACGGGUGUGCGUGCGCGGGGAUCACGUCCGAUGCUGGGAAAGAGCGUUUGAGGGACAGAAACGUGCUCUUCACUCAGCUUUUGCCCCUUUGGCAAAAAUGAGUGCUGCGCGGAAGAAAGCAGGGGAGGGGAACAGGGGGGUGUGUCGCCUUCUUGGGAAGUGUACGACGUGGUGACUUUGCGUGCAAAUCAGGACUCACAUCCCUGUUCUGGUCCCCAGAACGAGAAGCCCCCUCAGCCUGCCUUGCAGACAGAUGGGCUUCACGUCCUGUGCCCCCUCCCCACUCCUUCCACCCUCCCCUCUCUUGAAAGUGAAAGAAGCAGAGCCUCUCCCGGUGCCCCAGAGGCCUGCGGGGCCGGGGCCUCGUACCCGCCUGCUGACAGGCUGUCUGGUAGAGAAAUAAAGGUUGAGUGUCCGGGGCAACAAUGA